AUGUCUAAAUCAGUGUCCAAACUGUUUGAACCGUUGACCAUCCGGGGACAGGUAUUGAAGAAUCGUAUCGGCGUAUCACCGAUGGUCACCUGGAUAGCCGACCCAUUGGAUGGCCAGGCCAAUGAUUUUCACCAUGCUCACUAUGGCCAGUUUGCAUUGGGCGGUGCGGGUCUGGUCGUACUGGAAGCUACUGCUGUGGAACCCCGGGGUCGGGUAACGCCCAGUGAUCUGGGUAUAUGGAGUGACCAUCAGGUGGACGGCCUGAGCCGUAUAGCCAGGUUUCUCACGGGUCAGGGAUCACUGCCGGGCAUACAGUUGGCACACUCUGGCCGUAAAGGUAGUACAUCGGUCGUGUCGCGUAGUAGUCAAUCGUUGGCCAUUGGUAACGGUGGUGGUGGUUGGCCUACAAUAGCUCCCAGUGCUAUACCGUUUGGUGCCGGUAUUAGUCAGGUGCCCAUUGAAGCAACUGUCGAUGAUUUGCUAACUAUUAGGCAGUCGUUUGUUUUGGCAGCUGUCAGGGCUGUUAGGGCCGGCUUUCAGUUAAUUGAAUUACACUAUGCCCAUGGUUAUUUAGUUAAUCAAUUUCUAUCGCCACUAACCAAUCGGCGUACCGAUCAUUACGGCGGUUCACUUGACAAUCGUAUGCGUCUGGGACUGGAAAUUGCUGCCGAUGUCCGCCAGGCUAUACCCGAUAACCUGAUACUAGCGGUUCGGAUAUCGUUUACCGAUUACGUGGACAGUGGUUGGGAUUUAUCGCAAUCUAUCGAGUUUUCCAAACAACUCAAACAACUCGGUGUCGAUUUACUGGAUGUUAGCUCCGGUGGUGUAGUCAGCGGUGUCGACUACUCGGCCUUUAAUACACCCGAUCGACAACACCGGGCAUCUGAGGCCAUACAACGUGAAGCCGAUAUCCGGACGACAGCUGUCGGCAAAAUUAUUGAUCCCUUGUUGGCUGAAAAACUAUUACAGUCUAACUGUGCAACCAUUGUAUUGAUUGGCCGGGCAUUUCUCAAUGACCCGCACUGGCCCUACACGGCAGCCGAUAAACUCAAUGGCCAGUCGUUUAAAUAUCCCGAUCCGUAUGACUGGUGUAUCGGUUGGAAAGCAAUGAAUAAAUGGCGUAAAGAUUUAUAUAGCAAUCAAAACGAUAUGUCCAAACUGUUUGAACCGUUGACCAUCCGGGGACAGGUACUGAAAAAUCGUAUCGGCGUAUCACCGAUGAUCAUCUUCAUGGCCGACCCAAUGGAUGGCCAGGCCAAUGAUUUUCAUUUGGCACACUAUGGCCAGUUUGCAUUGGGCGGGGCCGGGCUAGUCGUACUGGAAUCUACUGCUGUGGAAGCCAGGGGUCGGAUAACGCCCAGUGAUCUGGGAAUAUGGAGUGACCAUCAGGUAGACGGCCUGAGCCGUAUAGCCAAGUUUCUCACGGGUCAGGGAUCACUGCCGGGCAUACAGUUGGCACACUCUGGCCGUAAAGGUAGUACAUCGGUCGAGUCCGUUAGUAGUCAAUCGCUGGCCAUUGGUGAUGGUGGUGGUUGGCCUACAAUAGCUCCCAGUGCUAUACCGUUUGGUGCCGGUAUUAGUCAGGUUCCCACCGAAGCAACUGUCGAUGAUUUGCUUACUAUUAGGCAGUCGUUUGUUUUGGCAGCUGUCAGGGCUGUCAGGGCCGGCUUUCAGUUAAUUGAAUUACACUAUGGCCAUGGUUAUUUAGUUAAUCAAUUUCUAUCGCCAGUGACCAACCGGCGUACCGACCAUUACGGCGGAUCACUUGACAAUCAUAUGCGUCUGGGACUGGAAAUUGUUGCCGAUGUCCGCCAGGCUAUACCCGAUAACAUCAUACUAGCGGUUCGGAUAUCGUUUACCGAUUACGCCGAUAAUGGUUGGGAUUUGCGACAGUCUAUCGAGUUUUCCAAACAACUCAAACAACUCGGUGUCGAUUUACUGGAUGUUAGCUCAGGUGGUGUAGUCAGUGGUGUCAACUACUCGAUCAUUAAUACACCCGAUCGACAACACCGGGCAUCGGAGGCCAUACAACGUGAAGCCGGUAUCCGGACGACAGUUGUCGGCAAAAUUGUUGAUCCCUUGUUAGCAGAAAAACUAUUACAGACUAACAGUGCAACCAUUGUAUUGAUUGGCCGGGCAUUUCUCAAUGACCCGCACUGGCCCUACUCGGCAGCCGAUAAACUCAACGACAACCAGUCGUUUAAAUAUCCCGAUCCGUAUGACUGGUGUAUCGGUUGGAAAGCAAUGUAUAAAUGGCGUCAAGAUUUAUAUACCAAUCAAAAUGAUGAUAAUAAUUGA